GGUUUUCAAGUCGCUCCCGCAGAAUUAGAAGAAAUCUUAAUCACACAUCCAGCAAUAACUGACGCCGCCGUGGUUGGUUAUAACUGUGAAGCUGAAGCUACUGAAUACUCUUUAGCCUAUGUUACUCUUAAACAGGGCUACGAGAAGUCAUCGGAACUAUCUUAUGAGAUACAGAAAUAUGUCGCUGACAAAGUGGCACCGUAUAAAAG